GCUCACUCGUGGAACCACAGAGGCAGGAGCCGCUCUGGCUGGACAGUGCUGAAGAGCAGCGUAAAGUGGGGGGUUUGGGCUUACCAGUGGCGAGGAUGCGCUCUUGAGGCUGAUCCCAGUUGUUCCCUCGCUCUCUACCGCACUGUUAUUGUUCUCCGAGGAUGAAGAAGUGAAUCAGUCAUCGCAGUCAUGGCUGUCCAGACCGGCAUCCAGGUGUGGUUCGGCGAGAAGUUUGACGCCCCCCUGCUGAGCCCCCGGAGCCCUCGCAGCCCGUUGGCGCAGCGGCACGGCCCCGGCCUCACGGACGUCUUCCAGUAUGACCAGUGGCUGGCAGUGCGGCACGAGGCCAACCUGGUGCCCAUGCAGGAGGAUCUGGCCAUCUGGCUCACCGGCAUGCUGGGGGAGGAGGUGCGAGCAGAGUUUUUCAUGGAGGAGCUGAACAACGGCGUGAAGCUGUGCCAGCUAAUCGGCGUGCUGCAGACCAAGAUCUGCCCCUCCGCGCUCGGCAAGCUGUUCCCCACGAGGAAGGUGGCGUGUAAGCGCGACGCCUCCCCGGGUUCCUUCUUCGCCCGCGACAACACGGCUAACUUCCUGGCCUGGUGUCGACACAUCGGAGUGGAGGAGACGUACCUGUUCGAGUCCGAGGGCCUCGUGCUGCACAAGGAGCCUCGGCAGGUGUGUCUCUGUCUGCUGGAGAUCGGCCGCGUCGUCUCCAAGUACGGCGUGGAGCCCCCGGUGCUCGUCAAGCUGGAGAAGGAGAUCGAGCUGGAGGAGACGCUGCUGCGGACGGAGGAGCCGCCGCCGGCCGUCAAGACCUUCAGCGUGUGCUGCCAGCACGGCGGCCUCUACCAGCCCGGGGAGCACGGCAUGGACGACCCGCCCUGCAACUGCUCCAACAGGGUUUCUAUUGAGUACCUGUCUGAGGGACGCUACAGACUGGGGGACAAGACCAUCUUUAUCAGGAUGCUUCAUGGUAAACACGUGAUGGUGCGUGUGGGCGGCGGCUGGGACACGCUGCGUGGUUUCCUGACCAAGUACGACCCUCUGCGGGUGCUGCAGUUCACCACCCUGGAGCAGAAGAUCCUGGCGUUUCAGAAGGGCCCCCCCGGACUGGGAGGCCACCACGGCAACGCAGCUCCCCCUCCUCCACCUCCUGACAUGGACCCCCUCGCCGCCGUCAACGACCUCAUCUCCUCCUCGUCCUCCUCCUCUUCCUCCUCCGCCUCCUCGUCUUCCUCCUCCUCUGGCUCGGCCUGCAAGCAGACGCCUGCGGGUCAGUUGGGUCGGCUCCACGCCUCCUCUCCGGCCUGCACGCCCACGCUGCCCAGGAGAGGUGCUGCGACGGCGGCCAAGAAGAACCUCCAGAUGACGCCCUCCUCCCCGAGGAAGCCCACCCAGCUGCCCCUGCCCAUCGUCUCCAAAGGCUCCUCCUCUUUGCCCUCCACGCCUGUGGGGAGCUCCGCCAAACUGUCUCCCAGUUUGGGGUGUCAGGGAGCGCACGUUCACCGCAGAGCUCUGACUCCAACAUCAGCUCCAUCAUCUGUCGCCACUGAUCCAACUCCCGCCUCCAAGCUGAAGCUCAGGCCGUCGCCUCGCGGUACUGCCGCUCAGCCCAGGAGCCCCGUCUGCCCGGAGCCAUCCUCCAAACUCCCCAAACCCUCCAGUCCCUGCGCCUCCCCCACCACCACUGUGCCUCGCCCCGUCACUGCACCAGCACGGGCCCCCACCCCGAAAGAUGCCCGCCCCCCAACGGGCGCCAGCCAGCGCUCUCGCCUUGCACAGCGCCGCCCCGGCUCCCCGGCCUCACGCCUCCGACUAGAGGCCGCCAGGCGAGCGCGGACGGCCACGCGAGCCGCAGCUGCAACGAGCUCCAGAGCGGCGACGCCACAGUCCAACACCCCCUCAAGCUCACGGGCAGCCUCCCCGGCGCUGCCAAAACCCACCAGCUCCCUGCCAAAGGACAAAGAGGCCAAAGCCAAGGGGCCGGCCCCCACCAAGGCUGCCGCCCCUCCACGAGGUACCGCUGCUGUCCCCGGGCGGGUCCCAGGGGGCGCCACCGGCCCCUUUCCCACCAGCAAAGCAAAUCAGAAAACACCAGCCACAUCUCAGACAGCCGGCCGAAAACAAGCCGCCGCCGCGACGACUAACCCCACCCACACAAAGUCAACUCUAAAAGCCGAACCUCCUACCGGACGAGCCGUGGCCCCGCCGAAAUCCAGCCCCAACGUGAGAGCCGCCAAGGCCGAGCCCGGCGUCGGCACGAAGACCCCACAGUGCAAGGCCAAGAGGGACGAGCCUUAUUUUGAAAUGAACAAUAGGAGGCGGCAGAGGACGUAAGACGGCGUCCUGGGAAAGACUUUGCCAAAACCACAAGGCUGCUGACACGGCUCCUCCUCACAAACCAGCACUUGGUGGAGCUCGGACUCUUCGAGCAAACGGAUAAAUUAACGUUUGUCAAUAAUUGUCGUUACAAAGUUUAUCUCUUAUUAAUUGGUCUUGGUUGAUGAUUCUUUGGUGUUAUUUAAUAGUCUUUUAUUUUUCUAAUCCAAAAGGGUCAAAGAUGUAAUUUGUUUGUUUCUGAUGACGAAUUAAUUGUCUUUUCUUGCUUUUCAUUCUUUUCAUUCUUUUCUUUCUAUUAAUUCUUUUUUCUUUCUUUUCUUUCUUUUAUAUGAUCCCGAUAAAACACGACAACUUGCACAAUGUUUACAUUUCCACCUGCGUUACACGCGUACAGCCGUUACAUUUUAUUUGUGUGACUUUUAAACAACAACAACAGACGUUCGUAGAAUAUUCACCUCAGCGUUUUUUAUUCAGCGAGGCCACAGGACACAGCCAUGACGCACUUAGGUGAACCUUUUAUUGCGGUGUUUUCUCCAUGUUACCAAACUUGUUGUUUUUUUGUGACACAACUGGAACACAAAUCCUUAUUUUCUCCUUCGCCAGUGAGAACAGGCUUUCCACUGGUGGGGGGGUCAGUUACACUUUUUUUUAAAUGACAAUAUCCUGGUGGUGACGUUUGUCCCGAUGGCGCCGAGUGACGCGUCAUCGGGAAGCGGUCCUCUCCUGUCAUGUGCCUUCAUCAGAAACCCCUCUCUCUUGUUUCUGAGCGGCAUUAGAAUGUAUUAGACGAUGUUUAGG